UAAUAUUCUUCGGGUUUUAAACGUUGAACCACCAUCCUCCUCCUCGUAAUAUAACAACAACAUAUAUGUUGCCUUAAUCACUCACCCAAAGCAAACCCCAACAUUCUUUCUUAGAAUCCAAACAAGAAAUUUUGAAAAAGAAAAAACUGUUUUCCAAUGAUGAUUUCUUCCUGGAGGAGGAGAAGAGCUGCCAGGCGUGAAGGGAAAUUGCAACAGCAAAGGAACGACAAUGGAGAGAUUGAGCUUACGGUUCCAAGGGAUUUCAGGUGCCCCAUAUCACUAGACUUGAUGAAAGAUCCCGUCACUUUGUCUACAGGGAUAACCUACGAUCGAGAGAACAUUGAGAAGUGGAUUGAAGCUGGGAAUUUCACUUGCCCACUCACCAAUCAAGUUCUCAGGAGUCUCGAACCCAUUCCAAAUCAUAUCAUAAGGAAAAAAAUACAAGAUUGGUGCGUCGAGAAUCGAUCCUAUGGGAUUGAAAGAAUCCCCACGCCUCGGGUUCCCGUCACUUCCAUGGAGGUUUCCGAUAUUCUUUCCAAAAUCAACGUCGCUUGUAUGAAACAAAACGGAAAAGGGUGUCAAGAUUUGGUUUUAAAGAUCAAGUCGUUGGCAAAAGAGAGCGAACGUAACAAGCGUUGCUUUGUUAGUAAUGGGGCAGGCUGCGCUUUAUCGGAAGCUUUCCAAGCAUUUUCCAGGGCGUCUUUUGAUGAAAACGUUGCUGUUUUAGAGGAGAUAUUGUCAGCUUUGGCGAUAAUGUUCCCCCUUGAUGUAGAGGCCAAAGGUUUCUUAGGAUCAGCCUCUGCCAUGCGUUGCUUGAUAUGGUUUCUAAGCAGUGGAGACUUGUCUAGGAGAAGAAACGCAGUUUUGGGCUUAAGAGAGCUUGUUUCAAUAGAUGAGAGAAAAGUCAACGAGUUGUCAGACAUGGAAGGUGCCAUUGAAGCAUUGUUCAAGCUGAUUAAAGACCCAAUUUGCCCUACAUCAACAAAAGCUUCAUUACUCGUCAUUUACAAGAUAAUCACAUCAUCUCCAACAAAGGAGAAACAAGUGAAAAAGCUAGUAAACUUAGGCAUAGUAUCGUUGCUGCUAGAAACGUUGGUAGACUCCGAAAGAGGCAUAUGCGAGAAGGCGUUGGGUGUUCUAGAUGGUAUAUGCAACAGCGAGGAAGGGAGACAAAUGGCCUGCAACAAUGCCUUAAGCAUGCCGGUUUUGGUUAAGAAAAUCCUUAGGGUUUCCAAUUUAACAACCGACUUUUCGGUCUCCAUAUUGUGGAAGCUUUGCAAGAAGGAGAAAACCGAAGAUGAUGCAAGCGUUAUACUUGAAGCUCUUCAAGUGGGCGCUUUUCUAAAGCUUUUGCUGCUUUUACAGGUCGGAUGUGUUGAGGAAACUAAGGACAAAGCUUCCGAGUUGCUGAAAAUAUUGAAUCUUCAUAGAAACAAAAUGGAAUGUGUUGAUCCAAUGGAUAAUUUCAAGGAUCUGAAAAGGCCAUUUUGAUUGUAAAUGAUACAUCAGUAGGUGUGAAUUUUUGUUAUGAUUUUAGAUACAAGACAAAAAGUUCUCAAGUAUACAAAUCAAGCUUCAUUUAAAUGUCGUUUUGCUAUUUUCUAUUUGAUAACAAGAGUGAUUUGUAAUUUUUCUUUAUAUUCAACCGUGUAUAAAGUUAUAGAAGCUUGCCAUCUUUUUCAAA